AUGGAGGGCUUGUAUCGCAUGGAAAGGCUGGUGCGGGUUGCUCCAGAGUUUCCUCCAGACCCACCACCAUCGCUGCCGCACAACAUCAACGUGGCCUCGCUCGAUGGCAGAGGGACACCAACAGUAGUGGCAUCGGGUACGCCCUCAUUUGCUCCUUCCUCCACAACGGCGGCGGCAGUUGCGGCGGCUUCACAGGAGCCAACGAGGCUGCAGCGGGCGAAGCAUGCGUUUGACAUCAGCUUGCAGCGGCGGCGCAGCCGGCUGAAGUCGUCGUCGGCCUCAGGGCUGUCCAGCACGGUUGGACACUCCACAUCCUCUGCAGCCUCCACGGGAAAGCACACGCCAGCGUCACCCGGCCGUCGUUCCAGCACCCAUCUCGGCGGGGGCGGCCUUGGUGGUGCGCUUGGCCUUGCGUUCGCAGGCCUCGGGCUGGGACCGGGCAUGCAGGAGCAAUACGGCAUCGAGCUGUGCGCCUCUCGCACCACCGCCGAGCGCACCGUCGUUGUUGCCUACACCUCAAACGAGUAUCUGCUGCUUGUGGUGCGGGACAACGGCCGGGCGCCAGCCGUGCGCGUUGUGCUGUGGUUCAGCACCAAGGACGAGCGCAUCAAGUCCUUGUGCGUAAGCCCGCGCGGCCACUUCUGCAUCGCCGUCACGCAGGCCGGCCAAGUGUUUGCCAUCCCUGUUCUCCCCGUGCUGGCUGCAUCUGGGACGGGGAGAUCGCGGUAUCCGUCCACGUCGUCGCCUCAGCUUGCUGCUCGUUCUGCGGGCGGCGUGUCUCGCCCCGUCUCCCGCCAGUCCACCAACAACAACACCACGUUCCUGCUGAGCCAACAGCAGCCACCGCAGCAGAUGCAACAGCAGCAGCAGCAGCGGCAGCAGGAUGAAGACGGACGCAAGCGGUCUGCCACCAGCUCUGCUGUAUCCGCCUUUGCAUCUGUUCGCACCUUUGUGCGGGAGAGGACAGGAUCCACAGUCCCAACAACGCCAACCACAGCAACAGCAAGUGCAUCCUCGUCUGCGGUGCCUCUGCAGUUGAACAACCUCGAUUUGCCUGCAAGCACGCUUGACCUGACGUUGCUCGGCACAUACCGCCAGCUGAAGCACCAAGCGACGCGGUGCGAGUGGUGGACGCCGCACACGGGUCGCCCCACCAUCAUCGUGGGGACGAAGGCCGGGCAGCUGCACUUUGUUGACCUGCUGCAGCAGAAGGUGAUGCACUCGCUCACCGUUCGUGGGCGCACGCCAAUCCAGCACCUUGCAGUGCAGGUCCAGGCGCCGUGGACACACACCGUCGUCGCGCAGGCCGGCAACCACGUGUACGCGUGCACGAUACAGCGCGAACCAACAGCGGAGGAGCGACAGAGCCAGGGCGGAGGCGCACACGCUGCGCCGGCUGUGUCGCUUCUCGACAUGGACCUUCGCCAGCCGCCAGUUGCUUUUGCAGCCGCCACAUCAUCGCCACCAGCAGCUGUGCAGACACAGCGCUCGUUUCCUCUCGUCUGCCUGCACAGUGCGACGGCUGCGCAUGUGUUUGCGGGCGACGGCCAGAGCAAAGCGCUCAACACGUACCGCCUGCCUGAGAACACGGUCGCGCUCGCGGCCACAGACAACAUUACGUUUGCCCUCACCCGACACAAGGGCGAGCGCCCACGCCUUGUCAUCUGCAGCAACCUCCUCUGCACCGCUGCAUCUCAGGACAGCCGUUCCUCUGACUUUGUUGUGCAAGCGUUUGAGCUGUCUCCACACGAAGACGUGUUGUCGCUGCUGCCGCUGCAGCACAACACCGUCGACGCAGGCUGCCUCCUCAUCACCACACAGGGCGUGUACGAGUGUGUGCAGCGUGUUGCACCUGCCCACCACUGCCUGCAGCUGCUGCGUGCCCGACGUGACCCGGACGUGCUUGCUGCCACGAUGCGCGUUGAUCUCUCUGAAGUCUACCGCCUCCGCGCUGUUGAGCUCUUCAGUCAGGGCGCGUACAAAGAGAGUUUCUACCAUUUCGUGCGUACGUCCACAGAUGAACUUGACCUCAUUGCCAAGUUUGCCCGCGCAGGACAAAUGUCCCUCGUUGCGCAGUCACUGCGCCAGCAGCUUGCAAACCAGUCGUCUCUGUCAGGACCGCUGCGAAAGCGGCUCGCCGGCCUGAUGCUGCUCACGUACAUCCACCUUCGGCUCACCCUCCCCGACGAGCCCGAGCCAAUCGCAACGCUCCCGCCCGCGCCCGGAACACCACGCCGCGCGCCCACCCCACCGGCAUCACUACAAAAGAUGCUGUCGCAGAGCUUGGGCAGCAGCACGGGCAGCGCCAUGGAAUUGACGCGCACAACGCGCUCAUCCUCGCUCACGUUCCCAGACCACCACGAGGACCAGGUCGUCGGCGUCGGCAGCCUUGAUCGCGUGUUGACUGCUCGCGAUAUUGACGAGAGCCUGCAGGCAUUCAUCUCCGACAAUUGGGACUACGACUUUCGCACAGCCCUCUCAAGCUUUCUGCAACACGGCAUGUUGCUUGAGUUCUUCCAAGCAGCGCACGCACGCAGCAAGGUCAACAUUGCGCUUGCAAUGCCCGUGAACCGGGAUGUGCUCAAGCUCUCCUCCGAAGCCAUCGACUUUCUCCUCGCCCGCGAUUACAGCGACCUCAUCUGCAGAUACUCAAAGGGCAUCCUGCUGCGGUGCAUGUCGCCUGAUCAGCUCAUCACUGUUCUGCUCAGCCGGUCCACACACGUCCACACCGUUGCAGACGCCGUCGACCACAUCCUGCCUGUGUUGUCUGAGGAGCAGUGCCUGAAACUGCUGCAGUUUCUCAACCCAACCCGACCAGCUGUCAGAUACAUCCUCGAGAGGGGCCGGCGGCUGGCUGCGCCGCAGUUUGGAGCGCCAACACCACGCAGCAGCACGGACGCACUCAGCACCGGUGCACACACCACCCCCUCCAGCACCAACAGCAGCAUGAUAGGGGGCGGGGUCGGGGUUGUCUUUGCCAGCAGCGACGGCGCCUACGAUCGCGACACAUCAUCGCCAGACUUGAUGGAGGGCGCGUUUGGAACGCUGACGGGGACAACAGAUAGGCGCCACAGGGACCGCAAGAUUGUCCACGCGUACUUGAAGCUCCUCUUUGCAUACAACCGCAUGCGCCUCAACAAGGCUGACGGGCGCGAGUCGCUUGAGCGGUGUGUGCCGUGGAUGGCACGUGUGCAGACGUGGUUUGAUCUGUUGUCGGGCAAACCAGACGCCCUGCUCAACAUCGACCCAGCACUCGUCAAUAUCACACACACGGACGAGAGCGAGCUGCUUGUGUCGACGCGACACCCUGACGACGGGAAAUUCGACUGCGGAAUUCAGCACUCGGCAGCCGUUGUUGGCGAUGAUCUCUACACGUGGGGGAAAGCGCUCGGUGGUCGACUUGGCCAGGGCGCAAUUGUCGAGGAGGCCGGACAAGGCAGCGUGAUGCGCGUGGAAGUCCUGCACAUGUUCCGCGCAAAGGUGUUUGGCGUUGCGUGCGGCGCCGAGCACACCGUCGUGCGCACGAGCCAGGGCGUCUUCUCCUGGGGCAAUAACGACAUGGGGCAGCUUGGCCUCGGACACACGUCGUCCCGUGUGCAGCCGGAGCUCGUCAUGGAUCUCAAGAGCACUCGCAUCGAUUACGUCGUGUGCGGUCACUUCCACACCCUCGCAAUGGCCGGCUCAAGCGUGUGGGGCUGGGGUGCCAACACGUACGGGCAGCUUGCCAUGAGCGGGGUGUCCACCGUCACCUCGCCCCGCCUCAUCCGCGACAUGUCACGCCGACGCAUUGUCUCGCUCUCGGCCGGCGCCACACACACCGUCGCCCUCGCUGCCGACGGCGCUGCGUAUUCGUGUGGCUGCGGCCUCUAUGGCCAGCUCAUGCUCGCUGAUCUCCCGAAGCGCCAGACGGACCUCCGCCGCAUCCCAAUCGAUGACCCUGUGCGGCUGGUGGCGUGCGGGCCCUACCAGACAGCGGUGGUGACUGUUGGUGGUGCUCUUGUGUUCUCCGGUCGCUCUAUCUUUGAUCGCCGCCCAAUCCCAACCGAUCACCGCGCCAUCAAGGAGCAACGAAGUGCAAAGCCGCACCCUGCCCACCUGAAGCCAAUUCGCCUUCCUCUACCCAUAGACUUUGGUUCACUCGCAAAGGUGCGCAUCUCGCUGCACCACGUGCUGCUGCUGAGUGAUGACGGGCGCGUGGCGGCGAUGGGAUUGGGCGACUGCGGUGUUCUCGGUCGCGGCGCAUACGACGAUGAGACGACACCGCACGUCAUCGACACCCUGCCACAGAUUGUGCAUAUUGGUGCUGGUCAUGGCAUUCACAACACGAGCUCGCACAGUGCAGACUACAACUACAACGACGACGAUGAUGGUGAUGAUGACAUUGUUGACGCUUUGGGGAGCCGCACACCCGUCAACUCUCUCACGCGCGGACUCGGGCUGACGGUUCCGGACUUUUCGUCCGUGUCCCCGGUGUUCAGCGGGUGGUGCGUGCCAACAACGCUCGUGCACCUGAUUGGGCUGUACUCGCCAACGGAGGUGCUGCGCGCAUGCGACGACUACAGCGACGCGUUUGCCGCCGCUGCGCUCCUCACGCUGCUGGGCGACUACGAAGAGGCCCUUUGGCGACUGCUGACUGCUGCCAAGCAGGACUACUUUGAUCGCCUCGCAGGGCGGUUCGACACAAGCGCGCGCGCACUUGAAGCGUUUGUGUGCUCGGCCGUGCGCGGAUUUGUGCACAUGCAGAAGGAGCGGACUGGCCUCGAGGAGGAAGUGGCCGAUGGACUCAAGCGCAUCUUGGCCGUUGCUGGCUACUUUUUCGAGGAUGCUGGUCUACCAAUAGAUGUGUUUACGGACCUGUUGACGGAGGCGUGCAGCGACCACCCGUCUGUGCUUGUGUCUCUCGUUGUCGACGCCCACCGCCUGCACGCGCAGUCCUCCGCACCAUCACCCAACGGCAGCACGGAUGAUGAUGGCAAUAGCGAACAUCAUGAUGAUGAUGAUGUGCGUGUGCGCUUUGGGCCAUCACCCGUCUUCCUUCGCCUGAACCAGCACGUCUGCCUCGACACCGCUAAGGACAUGUUUCAGCAGGAGCGACCGCAGCUUGCGUGCCCCGUGUGCGUGUUUGUGCAUGUGCGCCAAGCCGUGCUGGCACAAGACCCCGCUGCCAACAUCCCCAACUGGACAAAGUGGACAUAA